GGAUCCAGGAAGUUGCCAGAGCAGUUUGUGUAUUGUGUCAGGCGAGUCGCUUGUACUCACGAUAGAAUUACUCUCAUGCACAUUCAGUUUAAAAAAUAUAUAUCAUUUGGUGUAUGUGAGAUUAGGAAUGCUCAACAUUGCCUGGCGACCCUUAGAGAGCAGUACUUAUUCGAAUCACACAAAACGUGUUCUUUUUGACCGAAAAGGGGGACUGUUUGCCUAAGCAGUAGAUUGUCUUGCAUUGCUUAGUUACAGCAGAAUAUGCAACGUGAUUAACUUGCUGAUCUGCAGUCGCACAGGAUUGUAAGAGCCAUGGAGAGGGCGCAGAUGAAGAGGAAAGCCUUGAAAUUGCCGGAGACGGAGGAGUCUCUGUGCUGCUGUGAGUACCUGGACCGCAAUGGAGAGAAGAACCACAUAGCUGCCUGCUGCUGUAACUGCGAGGACCUGGACGAGACCUGUGACAGGUGGUGCAAAUGCGAGCCUCUAAACCCUGACUCUUUGUCUCGCGUCGCAGAGACUCUGUCGGACCGUUUCCGAUUGCCCUGGAUCUCGGGAGCCCAGCGGGUUGACAUCACAAUCCUGCCUCCACUCGUGCUGCUUCCCAUCUUCCUCCACAUUGCUGCUCUGCACUUCCUGCUGGCCCUCGUCAUCCUGACAGCCCUUCCAGUCUUUGUUCUGUGGUACUAUUACGUUACUCACCGCAGGAAGGGUCACACUCUCUUCUUCCUAAGCCUGGCCCUUUUCUCGCUGGGCUACACAUACUACCUGUUUCUCACUAAAAUUGUCCCAAUGGGGGAUGUCAGCCUUCUUCAGUUGACUGUAUUGACCAGCGGGUUAAUUCUCACACUGCUGUGUCUGGCACAAGCCAAGAAAAACCCUGGCUACAUCGAGAACAGCAAAGAGACUGGUUGUGAUCACAGCACUGCGAAAUAUUACCAUAAGCAGCCACAAAAAGACAGCAAAGUAGGUUCCAAUGGUGUGCAUCAUGAGUCGGUCAGCAAUGGCUUUCACCCAUCGAAGGACAAUGGGGGUUACACAAAACCACUGGUUGACAGUGAGAAUGUUGAAAAGAACUGGUGCCGUGUGUGUAAGAUUGUACGGCCUCCCCGUGCCGGACAUUGCAGAAUCUGUGUUGCAUGUGUGCAGAGGCUGGACCAUCACUGUGUUUGGAUUAACAGCUGCGUGGGGCAGGCUAAUCACCGUGCAUUCCUCCUCACCCUGCUCCUCUUCCUCCUCACGUCGACGUAUGGGAUCAGUCUGACCCUGGGCUCCGUCUGUCCAAGACAGAGUGUCUUCACCGCCCUCUUCUACUGCCCUGGAGUCUACGACCAGUACAGCUCUGCGCUGUGCUUCACUUGCUGUUGGUACGGCUGCAUCGUGACUGGUGCGCUGCUGCACUUGUUUAUCGUCCAGCUGAUCAAUGUGAGCUAUAAUGUGACGGAGCGUGAAGCAUGCAUUGCCUUGCGGGAGAAGUCCGGGCGCAGCCAGCUGUGGGGGUUGAUCGUUGACACGGGACACUUCAAUCACGGCUUUCUCCUCAACUGGCGGGAGUUCCUGUCCAUGAACACCUCCGUCUCGCUUCAGCAUCAUCUAGAGGACGUGGUGUAGCAACAAAAAAGAGAGUAAUAAUCCAGGGCUAAAUAUGGUUUGCUUACAUAACACAGGAGAUGUGUGAUAGAAUGCAGUAACCACUCAUUUAAAUGUUUUCACUCUCCUUGCAUAUGAUGAAAACGUUUACUUCUCUCCAAAGAGCUGCUGUAUUAGACAAUAUUCAGGUGACAUUACAAAUGAAAACUUACUGUUACAGUGUAAAAAUACUUCAUGUUGUUUGAGUGGCAGAACGUGAUUAGUGAUUCCAGUUGCUGUUUCCUAACAUUUGGUUGAUAGAAGUGUCAUUUGCUCAUUCAAUCUGCAUAGCCCGUCUGAUUCUUCCAACAUCCACAUCUGGUAUGGUGACAUUAGGAAAAAGCUACCAGACAAUAUUUUUAAAGCCAAAACUUAAUUCUGCAUUAAGCCACACAAAUCAAAGUCAUAACUUAACUAGAAUUAAUAAUAUUAAUAGAAUUAAUAACUCCAACACCACCGCAAGGUUAGACACACAAGCCGAAGGUUUAUUUAUUCUCUGUGUACCCCUGCAAAAAAGUGACUUUGAAAGAUUUUUUUUUUUUUUAACCUUAAAACAGACGAUGCACUAGUAAUUGUAGCCAUUUUUAGAAUGAAGCAUGAUUUUUGAACUGUAAGAUUAGUUCUGAUUCGUGUACUGCUGUGUUUAACAGCUUUCUGUUACUGGUAAUGACAAGGCAGUUCAUUUAUUGACUAGGUAUUGAAAUUCAUACAUUUCAGCAUGUUAUUGAAGCAUGUCUUUCUAGUAGAAUAAAAUAUUAUGCACCAUAGAUUGCAAAACAGCACAGUGCUCAUAUAGCCGGCAUUUUUAAUUUUUGGAGUUAAAACAAAUAUUUUAUUAUAUUUCUAUGUAUAUAAGUAUGUAUCCGUUUUAAAAUAUACCUGUAUAUAAAUAAUAUAUAUUUUAAUAUGUUUAAUCAAGUGCAAUAUAUUUAACUGUAACGUUUUAAAUAUAUAAAGGGGUUUCCAGAAGUGGUUGGAGAUUGCAAAGUCAUAAUAAUAAUAAUAAUAAUAAUAGUAAUAAUAAUAGGUUUGGAAGUUAAAUAACUUAUGCACACAUAUACUUAUUGUGAUUUAUUCAUUCAGGCCAGUUCAAAAAGUAUAAUCACUGUGAGAACUUAUGAGCUAAUAAAAAAAUAAUACAGUGACACUACAUAAUUCAGCAAAAAAAACAGUAAUUGGUGUGGCAGAUCCACAUUAGCCAUGUUACUAAGUCUCAGGAAUAAAGUAGUUUAACUGAUAAAUAAACUGGUGUUGACAAAUGGUCCUGUUUUUUUUCUUUUUUUUUUUUUUAAACUGACUACUUUUUCCAAAAUGUAAAAUAAGAUCUCAUUAUAAAUACAGAUUUACCAAGUGACACAAAAGCAGAGAUUGAUGGCAGUUUACUAGAUUAGAAAGAAUUUAGUUCCUCUACUGCUACACCCAUAUCCAGGCUGCAGGUUAUGUCAGAUGGCAUUGUGGGUACAACACUGGUCUCGCGGGCACCAUUUUGCCCACUGGUGUUGACUUCUUGUCAUUUGCACUUUUUGUGUUUUUGUCUUUAUUAAUUUAUUUUUAAUAAAUGUAAAGAUUUGUCUUUGAUGCUAUGAAACAAUUAAAUAUGAACUUUAAAAUCAAAACAA